UGACCUCCCACCUGAACAGAGAGGAAGACCUCUCGUAGUCUCGGAGGGUAAUAGAAACGGACUCUUACGGCAGAACUGUGGCGCUGUGCACAUAAUGCUGUCUCGAAACUGCCUCUGUAACCUUAGACGAGCUCAGAGACUCACAGCAGUGAAACUGAGCGAGUCUCCAUUUUGUGGUUUAAGUACUGAAGCUCAUCGCGUCAUUCACGACAGACAGCAGCGCUGCUUCGUUGUCCGGUUGGGCGGCGGAGCAGGUCCAGAGGACAGCGCGGUGCUGAAGUACUCUUACAGGACUGACCGGCACGUUCAGCUACUGUCCACGGUGGUCCCAGAGUCCUUCAGAGGGAAAGGUGUAGCCGCACAGCUCGCAAAGGCUGCACUGGACUUUGUGGCAGAAGAACAAUUAAAAGCUACAAUCUCUUGCUGGUAUAUUAAAAAAUAUGUAAAAGAGAAUCCACAUCAUGGAUACCAGGCAUACAUUGAAGAUUAAUUUUACAAAGCCUGUUCAUCGCAUGUUAUAGUGCUCAAAUUCCUGCUUACCAAAUCACAGUCUUAGCUGGACUGGAUACAAAUUUUGGUAGACACUAUAGCUGAUCCAUGUCAAAGUGCUUUGGAUCUUUAUGCCAUGUCUGCCAGAAGUAUAAGCCAGUUGUUUAAUUUGCAGAUGUGCUAGUGAAGACAAUUUUUAUUAGACAGUCCUUGAUGGUCAACAGUAUCUAGACAUGUCCCUGAUCUGGACAGUCCUGCAGCACAGACAAGUGCAAAAACUUACCAGAAAUAUUGAAUUUUUGAUGCCUGUUUGAAGCCUCAGUGCCUUUAUUUAACAACCCUCUCAACUGCUGUAUCCCCCUAAAUGGGUGAAACACCAAAACACAUUCAAACAUGGGCCUUUUGCUUUGAGAACACUGUGAGAAGUCCACAGGCAGGGUACUGAUUAACAGUCAUCUGACUUUUUGGCAAAUAUACCACUGGGCAACAGUAGGAACUGCAUUACAUAAGCUGCACAGAUGCCUAAUGUACACAUGAUGAAGUCAAUGAACUUUCUGCCUCUAGGCCAAUGGAAAGGGCUGUGAUAGAGGAGGAUGUUUUAAAGGAGGAGCAACCAACUUUGUGACUUUUUUUAUUCAUCUGGAUCGCUGGAUGGGUGUUGUUUAUGACACCACUUAGCAGCAAAUCCUCUGGCUGCUGGAAUAAAAUAGCAAAACUUGAUAAAUGAUGUUCGAUUGUCUAAUCCCAGUCUCCUACAGCUAGUCCUCCCAUCCUUCAUUAAAAGUGCACAAACAUCUGUGUCUUAUUGUCUAAAAAUGUUGCACGUUCACUCAUGUGGCUCUAUAAAUAGGGCCUGACAAUAAAUAAACCCAACACCUGGAGUAAAUUA